UCAUCAGAAAUUAGUUAAGGAAAGAGGCAAUAAUUAAAUUGGUAGACAAAUCUAUAAUGGCAAAUAUUCUAAAGAAAGUUGAUGGAUUGGUAUAAGAAAAGAUUGGAAAAUCUAAUUCAGCAAGCCUUAUUAAAUAAAAAUAAGAGCUGAGAAAUCUAAAAGAAAAUGAAAAUGAGAGAGGAUUUUUAUUAGAAGUAUAAUCUAGAAAUUUAAGGUGUUUUUAUUAUCUUAUUUUAGAAAACAUGUAAGUGAUGUUAGAUAAGUAAUACAAGAGAGUGAUUAACAUACUUAAAAAUUAAAAUAUCAAUAUCAAAGUAGUAAAUACAUUUGAGUCAUGAAAACUGAAGUGGAUAAAAAGUAAUAAAAGGUAAAGUAAUUAAAUCAAGAGGACUAAUACUGAGGUGCAACAAAAUAAAGUUAAAUUAUUUUAAGAAAGUCAUUAAUAAGUCUCAGUUUGAGAACAAUAAUUUUUGAGAGUAAUGCCUUGAGGAAACAGAGAAAUUCUAAUAACAGAAAGUCAUUCUCUUAAUCAAAGUAAAUAAAUUAUAAUGCC